AUGGCAAAUGUGGGAAGAAGCUGGCCUGUUGUUGACUUUGGGGACAGCAUAAUUCCUUGGUUUAAAAUGGACUCUGUCAGGCUGGAGAACCAUACCUCUGUGGAUGGAUACACUGAACCACAUGUCCAGCCUAUCAAGUCAAGUAGCAGACAGAACAUCCCCCGAUGUAGAAACUCAAUCACAUCUACCAAUGAAGAGCAUCCUCACAUUGGAAACUAUCGCUUACUGAAAACAAUAGGAAAAGGAAAUUUUGCCAAAGUGAAACUGGCAAGGCAUGUUCUUACUGGAAGAGAGGUUGCUGUGAAAAUAAUAGAUAAAACCCAGCUAAACCCUACUAGUCUGCAAAAGUUGUUUCGAGAAGUACGAAUAAUGAAGAUACUGAAUCAUCCCAAUAUUGUAAAAUUAUUUGAAGUUAUUGAAACAGAAAAGACAUUGUAUUUGGUAAUGGAAUAUGCCAGUGGGGGAGAAGUGUUUGACUACUUAGUUGCACAUGGAAGAAUGAAAGAGAAAGAGGCUCGUGCAAAAUUCAGGCAGAUUGUAUCUGCUGUGCAGUACUGUCAUCAGAAAUGCAUAGUUCAUCGUGAUCUUAAGGCAGAAAACCUUCUACUUGAUGCAGAUAUGAACAUUAAGAUUGCAGACUUUGGUUUUAGUAAUGAAUUUACAGUUGGUAAUAAACUGGACACAUUUUGUGGAAGCCCGCCUUAUGCUGCUCCUGAACUUUUCCAAGGAAAGAAAUAUGAUGGUCCUGAAGUGGACGUGUGGAGCCUUGGGGUGAUUUUGUACACACUAGUAAGCGGAUCAUUGCCAUUUGAUGGUCAGAAUCUAAAGGAAUUGAGGGAGCGAGUACUGAGGGGGAAGUACCGUAUUCCGUUCUAUAUGUCCACAGACUGUGAAAAUCUACUUAAGAAGCUACUAGUACUGAAUCCAAUAAAACGAGGCAGCUUGGAACAAAUUAUGAAGGAUCGGUGGAUGAAUGUUGGCCAUGAAGAAGAAGAAUUAAAGCCAUAUACUGAGCCUGAACCAGACUUUAAUGACACCAAGAGAAUAGACAUUAUGGUCACUAUGGGUUUUUCAAGAGAAGAAAUCCAUGAAUCUUUAGUAAACCAAAAGUACGAUGAAGUCAUGGCUACUUACUUGCUGCUGGGUAGAAAACCACCUGAAUUUGAAGGAGGUGAUUCCCUCUCCAGCAGCAACUUGGGUCAAAGGUCUCGUCCUAGCAGUGACCUCAACAACAGUUCUGUGCAGUCUCCUGCUCACUUGAAGGUCCAACGGAGUAUAUCGACUAAUCAGAAACAACGGCGGUUCAGUGAUCAUGGUGGGGAUGACAUUCCAACAAUUGGUCCGUCAAUUCCUCCUGCUGUGUCAUACACAAAAAGGGCUCAGGCAAACAGUGUGGAAAGCGAACAGAAAGAAGACUGGGACAAAGAUGUGUCACGCAAACUUAGCAGCACUACAGUGGGAUCCAAAGGAGAGAUGGCUGCAAGUCCACUUGUAGGUCCAGAAAGAAAGAAAUCAACCACAGUUCCCAGUAACAAUGUAUUUUCUGGCAGUGGAAUGACAAGAAGGAACACUUACGUUUGUGAACGUUCUUCAGAUCGCUAUUCUGCAAUACAGAAUGGGAAGGACAACAGUCUAACAGAAAUGUCUGCAAGUAGCACAUCUUCUGCAGGCUCUGCAGUAGCUUCAGCUGUAUCAACACGGCCUCGACAUCAAAAGUCUAUGUCUGCCUCUGGUCAUCCUAUAAAAGUUACACUGCCAACCAUCAAAGAUGGCACUGAAGCUUACCGGCCAAGCAGUGCAACUCAAAGAGUGCCUGCUGCUUCCCCGUCUGCUCAUAGUAUUAGCACUACUACUCCAGACCGAACCCGCUUUCCUCGGGGGAGUUCAAGUCGAAGCACUUUCCAUGGUGAGCAGCUAAGGGAGCGGCGUAAUGCCACUUACAAUGGACCACCUGCCUCACCAUCACAUGAAACCGGUGCUUUUGCACAUGCUAGAAGAGGGACAUCAACUGGUAUAAUAAGCAAGAUAACUUCCAAGUUUGUUCGCAGGGAUCCAAGUGAAGGCGAAGCCAGUGGCAGAACUGACACCUCAAGGAGUGUUUCUGGAGAGCCAAAAGACAGGGAGAAGGAGGAUAGCAAAGAUUCGAAGCCACGUUCCUUGCGGUUCACGUGGAGUAUGAAGACCACUAGUUCUAUGGACCCGAACGAUAUGAUGAGAGAGAUUCGGAAAGUGUUAGAUGCUAAUAACUGUGAUUAUGAACAAAAAGAGAGGUUUUUGCUCUUCUGCGUUCAUGGUGAUGCACGACAAGAUAGCCUUGUUCAGUGGGAGAUGGAGGUCUGCAAACUGCCACGAUUGUCACUCAAUGGAGUUCGUUUCAAGAGAAUAUCUGGGACUUCUAUUGCAUUUAAGAACAUUGCAUCCAAGAUAGCAAACGAGCUUAAGCUGUAAAGAGAAACUAAAUUUUCUGGGAUCAGGGAAGAUUCAUACAUGAUCUACACUUUGAAUGUACUGGUUACGCCUAAUGUGAUUGGCCUGUGAAACUCCCCAUGUAGAAAUUGCCCUUAUUGCAAUAAGGUUAUACAUAGUUAUUCAGAAUUGUAAAGUUAAAUCCAGUAUGACCUAUAUUAAAAAACUGUAGCUGAAGAAGUUAUGUUCACAUGUACAGGUAAGUAUAUAGAGCAUUCUGUUCAUUUUAUGUUCAUAGAGUUGUAUAAUAAAAAGAUGACUGCUUAAAUUCAGAUCUUGUAUAGUUGUCUAGAUUUCUGCACAGAAAUGUAUGUUUGAUGCUUUGAGUUGGAAAAGUUCUUCUCUAUCAUUUACAUUUUUGGUGGUUUUAUAAGUCUUACCUUUAUCAUGCGUUUGUUUUUUUAAAAAGAAAACAACAACAAAAAAAAGAAAACAAAAAAAAAACAAACUUGUGUCCUGAGUCAAAUGCACAAAAAUAGUUUUCACAACUGUAGCAUGACCAUUUUUAAUUAUUUAAAGAUUGUUCGUGAUUUGAACCAAAGUCGAUGAAUAAAUCGGCUUUUGUUCUACACAAGACUGUUCCUGCUUAUCUUUGGCUCUUAUCCUUGUUAUUGGACAGUGUUUAGUUGAAAAAUACAAACGUUUACAGUGUUGGCACUUACAGUUUAAAAACUUUGGUUUGCCUUGGGCCAGCUCAGAGCUAUGGGGGAACAGAAACCAGGCGUAAGUGAUGUUCUGUCUACAAAUUACAGUGCUUACUCCCAUGGCCCAUUAACAAAUGUAGCACCAAAAUGGAGAACCGUAAUUAUUUCAUUUGAAUAUCAUGGUGUAAAAUAUCACUUGUUUGCUGCCUUCAGAAUACUAUAAAUUCCAUUUUAUGGAACUAUAUUAAUAUUGGGACUGUUUAAUAGCACAAGAUAAUCUGAAAUGUUGACCAAUUGUAUAAGUUAAUAAUACCACCUCAGGAAUUAGCUUGGCUUUUGGAAUAUGUGCCCCCAAAGAGUACAUGCAAUUCCACAUAAUAUUUUACAGCUAAACAUACAUUGUUUAUAAUGAUAAAUUGUUGAUUUAUGCUUUUGUGGUUGUACAGUUUGUUCCCAUGUAACCUGUUUGUGUUUAAUAUUUUACCAGAUUUCUUGUAUUUAUUCCACAUCAUUAUGCCUGUAAUGUGCAGCUUUGUAAUUAGGCAUUUGCCUACAGAAAAGAAAAAAAAAAAAAAAAAAACACAUUUUUUUCCUUCAUAAUUAAUGAUUAUAAACUAUGUAAAACCACUAGUACUGGUACAUUUUAAUACUUGUUAUUUUGUACUGAAUUAACCAUAGAGGUUGGUUGUGCAAUGUUAUUUAAUGUCGUAAUUACUGUAAUAUCAACAUAUGGGCCCCAUCUGCACACUCUUGUGAAGAAUAGAAAGUUCAUUAAGAAAUUGUCACUUUAAAAAAUAAAAAUUAAAAAAAAACUGUGGUAAACUCUGUAACCCUAAGUUAGAAGGCUGUAAGUGUAGUAAGUGUGCCAUUCAGUAAUGGCUUCUUGACCGAGAUGGACUUUACAUACUGUACUGUGAUGUAGCUUUCCUCUGUAACAGUUAUGUUCUGAAAUGGACGUGUAUUGUUGCCUUAGAAAAAGGGUGAUGUUUGGAAAGAAAGAACUGUAGCCCCCCCUUUUUUUUAUCUGAUGUUCAUUGAAACAAAAUUCAAUGCAAGUCAUCUUGAUUCACUGGUGCACUCUAUUAAAACUUACUUGAACAGUUCUCAUACUAAA